UGUCACUUCUCUCUUUCGAACCCCACAUCCUCUUCCUCGCUCGAUUCCGAUUUCUAGGGCUUCUCCCUCCUCUCGCUCUCGCUCUCGCUCUCGCUCUCCUACGAAUUCGAUCGAUUUUAGGGCUCUCGCGCCCCAUUUGGCCGCGAAAUCCAUGACCUUUUGCGAUCCAUGGAUCCCUCACUGACGCAAUCCGCUCCCGAGGUAGAAGAAGACGAUUGGGAUACCGAUGGCUUUGUGAUUCCAAGCUUGAGUGUGGGAAGCUCUGAUCUUGUUGACUGGGACGCUCCACGAGCAACAGAUCUUAAGCCACCUCCAGAAAAGCAGCCCAUCAAAGAAGCAGAGAACAUAUAUUUAGGACCUCACGGGGCCCCUCCCUCUCAAGCAAAGCAGCAAGAACCGCCCACCACCAGCCGUAAGCAAAAGCUGAAAAGUAAGCUUAAGGAAGCUGAUCGUAAGUUCUCCGGAACAGGGCGCGAGAACAAAGUGGACAACCUACGAGAGCUCAUCGGAAGUAAUAAAUUAGGCAGAGCGACCAUGCCGCAAAGCUCCCCGAGAGACUGGCUCGAUCCUCAUUGCCAUGAAUCUCAAUUCGACAGGCAUCUUCAUUAACAGAAAAAGAGUACCUUCUGCUAAAGUAAAAUAAAGUAUCAUUAUUUACUAUUUUCUAUGAUGGUUUCACAGGGCCAUCAAUUUGCUAAUUUUUUGAUUUCAUAUACCUAUGAACCAUCAAAACCAACUCUUACUGUUGGAUUAUGUAAUUUCUACAUCAAGCAUGUUGUGUUUCAUCAUCAUCAUCAUCAUCAUCAACAUCAGCAUCUUCUUCGUUUCUUCUUUCUUAUGAGCUUCCGUGAAAUAGUAAUUGGGUGUUUUCGAAA